AUGGAGGCAGAGAAACGGGUGGUGAUUGCUUCAUCAUCACAAAGAAAGAGGGAGAGAAGAAGAAUAAGAAGAAGAAUAAGAAGAAACGAGAAGCGAGUGAUUGCACCAUCAUCACUACCGAAGGACGUCGUGGAGGAAAUCUUCUUGCGACUUCCCGUGAAAGCCUUAAUCCGACUGAAGUCUCUCUCAAGACAAUGGAGAUCGACGAUCGAGUCUCGCUCUUUCACAGAGAGGCACUUGAAGAUCGCUGAGCGGUCCCGCAUGGAUCAUCCCAAAGUCAUGGUUGUCAGCGCAGAAGAUCCCCUCAAAGGGAUUGUGCCUGGGGCUGGGAUUCCUCGUCCAGAUACCAACAUUGGUUUUAGGACAUUUUGCUUGGAAUCGGCUUCUCUUGUAUCCUUUACUCUUAUCAAUUUCCCUAUAGGAUUCUCCUAUUGGACUCACGUUUCUGAAAGCUGUGAUGGCCUUUUCUGCAUCCAUUCUGCGAUGACACAGUCCAUGUAUGUAGUCAAUCCGGCUACACGGUGGCUCCGACAACUCCCUCCGGCUAGGUUUCAGAUUUUGAUGCACAAGUUUGGACCCACUGAUACAGAUUGGGGAGAAAUGAACUCAGUCUUUCAUCUCGCAUUCGUGAAGGCCACUGAUUACAAAUUAGUGUGGUUGUAUAACUCUGAUAAGUACAACGCGGAUGACUCGAGUCCAAACGAGGGAGUUACCAAGUGCGAGGUUUUUGACUUUAGGGCAAACGCUUGGAGGUACUUGGCUUGCAAUCCAAGUUACCGUAUCUUUCAUGACCAGAAGCCAGCCUAUGCAAACGGGUCAGUUUAUUGGUUCACGGAACCCUAUGAUGGCAGAAUCGAAGUAGUGGCUUUUGAUAUUCAGGCCGAGACAUUCCGAUUGCUGCCUAAGAUUAUCCCGGCUAUUGCUGGUUCAGAUCCUCACCAUAUUGACAUGUGCGCUCUGGAUAAUCGUUUAUGUAUGUCGAGAAGGGAACACGAUACGAUGAUCCAAGAUAUUUGGAGGUUGAAACCAUCAGAAGACACAUGGGAGAAGAUUUUGACCAUAGAUUUGCUUUCUUGUUCUUCUUCUCGGACCGAGAUUCGUGAUAUGUUCAACUGGAGCGCCAAAGAUUUGGUUGAGCCAUCGACACCGGUGGCGAUAUGCAAGAACAAGAAGAUCCUGCUCUCACAUCGCUAUUCCCGGGGGUUCUACUACUGGACUCACGUUUCUGAAAGCUGCGAUGGCCUUUUCUGCAUCCAUUCUGCGGUAACACAGUCCAUAUAUGUAGUGAAUCCGGCUAUACGGUGGCUCCGACAACUCCCUCCGGCUAGGUUUCAGAUUUUGAUGCGCAAGUUUGGACCCACUGAUACAGAUUGGGGAGAAAUGAACUCAGUCUUUCAUCUCGCAUUCGUGAAGGCCACUGAUUACAAAUUAGUGUGGUUGUAUAACUCUGAUAAGUACAACGCGGAUGACUCGAGUCCAAACGAGGGAGUUACCAAGUGCGAGGUUUUUGACUUUAGGGCAAACGCUUGGAGGUACUUGGCUUGCACUCCAAGUUACCGUAUCUUUCAUGACCAGAAGCCAGCCUAUGCAAACGGGUCGGUUUAUUGGUUCACCGAACCAUAUGAUGCCAGAAUCCAAGUUGUGGCUUUUGAUAUUCAGGCCGAAACAUUCCGAUUGCUGCCUAAGAUUAAUCCGGCUAUUGCUGGUUCAGAUCCUCGCCAUAUUGACAUGUGCACCCUGGAUGAUAGUUUGUGUAUGUCGAGAAGGGAGCACGAUACGGUGAUCCAAUAUAUUUGGAGGUUGGAACCGUCAGAAGACAUGGGAAAAGAUUUUGACCAUAGAUUUGCUUUCUUGUUCUUCUUCCCGGACUGUGUUUCGCGAUGGAUUUGA